AUGCCUCUCCUUGGCGGCAAGGGUAACAAGUUCAAGGUUGGUCCACCGAGGAUUCGGAUAGAAAAGGUCGUCGUGGAACGAGCCCCGACGCCGAGCAAGCCGAAAUUAAAGUCGCGUCCCGGCCCAGCGUCCACCGCAGCCGCCUCGUCACGAUCCUCACCCGCUAUCCGUCCAUCGCCCAAGCCUUCUGUCGUCCGUCACAAGAGUUAUUCGCCAUGCCCCUCGUCGGUCGAUGACAACGUUUCGGAGCGGAAGCGGAAAUCGGGUGGCUCGUCUUCCGCAAAGCCAUCGCCAGGGACAGAACGGAUUGCUUUCGACAAAGACAGCGAUGCUGAAGACGAUGGCUGGAUGGACCUAGACGCUCGGAAAAGGCAGUGCAGAAGCGCGUCAGAAGAUAAACACCUGGACUCGAAACGAAAAUUCAGGCACGCAAGAGCCUUCGACGGACGAAACGAUAGGCUCAACUUCAUUCACGCCGUCGAGGUGGCGUCGCUGGAAGCCAAGUGUGUGCCCGUAAUGGGAGCGCAGAAGGAAGACGUUGCCAUAGAGUUGCAAUAUCCCAGCCUGCAGCCCAGAGAAAAGUUCGAACUAGUCUGGGGCAAGGACAAGAUCGACGCAGUCGAGGCCAGCAUACGGAUUGUCCGCCACGUCGCGGAAACAUAUCUUACCGACGACGAAGCGGAGCCUUUCACCAACCAUAAUACUGGGCUCAUUCGACGACUCGAAAAAGCCUCUAACCGAAAUAUUCAGGAUCUGGCAGGGUUCAAAGCAGCCUUGCACGAGUACAACGAAACGCUCUUGGGUUUGGUGGAAGACGGAAUCAUUGCGAAGAAUCUUGACCGCUUGCACGAGCUCCCCCGGCACCUCGUGGCUUUCAUCCUGGAUCAAGUCUAUGACAGAACCGUCGCGCCCAGGGUGGAACUGUUAUCCAAGUACGAAAACGGUACCGACUUUGUCUACGGGGAGCUGCUCCAUCCCUUCAUCUCGAAACUUCUCGUCGAACAAACCAAGAUGACCUCGGAUCAAGUAUUUGUCGACUUGGGAUCUGGGGUCGGUAACGUCUGUUUACAAGCUGCGCUCGAAAUCGGCUGCGAGAGCUGGGGUUGCGAAAUGAUGGAAAACGCCUGCAACCUAGCCGAAGCCCAGAUCAAGGAAUUCGAGGCGAGGUGCAUGCUCUGGGGCAUCAGGCCGGGCAGGGUUCAUCUCGAGCGGGGAGACUUUCGUAAGAAUCUCGUUAUUCACGAGGCACUCAAACGAGCUGAUGUUGUACUCGUCAACAACAAAGCGUUUACAUCGCAAUUAAACGAUGACUUGGUCCGCAUGUUCUUGGACUUGAAAGCAGGCUGCAGAAUCAUCUCCCUGAGAUCCUUCGUGGCAGACCUAAAGAGCACCCAUAACAUCAACGACGUGGGUAGCACCAUCCUUGAUGUGCAAGAAUGCACGUAUCCCGAAGGCUUUGUGAGCUGGACCAAUGCUGGAGGGCCAUAUUUCAUCUCCGCCCGUAAAUAG